UGAGGCUCUGACGUCGUACCACUCGUGUUUAAUGGCCUCCACUUACCGUGAUCGGACCUCCGAGUUCCGAUCACUCUCCGACACCUUCAACAAAACCGGAGGAUCCACACCCGUCCGUCCAUCUCAGAAUGCUCAUUCACCGUCCAGAUCUCCCGUCCCAACCUCUUCCGGAUCCGAAUUCAACAAGAAGGCCUCCCGGAUCCAGUCGGGCAUCAACGAAACCACUCAGAAGAUCUCACGCCUCGCUCAGUUGGCGAAGAAGUCGACCAUGUUCAAUGAUCCGUCUAUGGAGAUUCAGGAGUUGACUGCUAUAGUGAAGAAUGAUAUUACGGCUCUGGAUGCGGCUAUUACGGAUUUGCAUACUAUCCAGAACAUGGAGAUAGCUGAUGGGAAUUACUCUCAGGAUAAAGUUGUUCACUCGACGACAGUUUGUGAUGACUUGAAAAGCAGACUUAUGAGGGCUACGAAGGAGCUUCAGGAUGUUUUAACCACUAGAACACAGAAUAUUAAGACCCAUGAGAACAGGAAACAGAUAUAUUCCACCAAUACAGCAAGAGAAAACCCUUUUAAGAGUCCUGCAAAAACUGUGACUGAACCUCCACCCUGGUCAACUUCAUCAAGUGCAUCUGGCAGUGGACAGCCAUCACAAUCAUCAACAGAGGUUCAAGUUGGAAACCAACUGAGACGAAGGUUGGCUGGAGAUAAUCCUCCGUCACAGCAGAUGGAAAUGUCCAUGUUACAACAGGUAGUUCCACGGCAAGAAAAUUAUAGUGAAAGUCGGGUGACAGCUCUUCAAAAUGUAGAAUCAACGAUUUCUGAACUGAGUGGGGUAUUUACACAUUUGGCUACCAUGGUUGCACAUCAAGGGGAACUGGCAAUCAGGAUCGACGACAACAUGGAUGAAUCAUUGACAAAUGUUGAGGGUGCGCACAGUGCCUUACUGAGGAAUCUCAACCGAAUAUCAUCAAAUAGGUGGUUGAUCAUCAAGAUAUUUUUUAUUUUGAUUUUUUUCCUGAUUGUCUUCAUCUUCUUUGUGGCUUAAAUCUCUGAACCAAAAAGAACUCUUGCUACAAGGUGUACUAAGGCGUCUCUGUGUCGCGUGUGCCUCAUCUGUUGAAAGCACAAAGUGAUCCUUUGUUCUGUAUAUUUACGGGCAUUCCCAAUUUAUUAUUCUUAGCUGGCAAUAGUAGUAGUAACAGCAGUAGUAGUAUCAUUCUUAACAUCACACAUACAGACCAUAGAGC